CGAACCCGUAUACAACGCGCCAAGGGCGAGCUGCGUCGCAAUAUCCGCACACACGUGAAAGUAGUAUUCGACGAAGAAGGUCGACCAAUUGCCAAAUCGAUUGGUGGAGUGCCUAUGGAACUGAAAGAGCCGUCCGCUGGUGGAGAACCUGUUGAACAGGAAUCUACAAACAGAUUGGACGUUGAACGUGAACGACAAUACCUGCGCGAAGUGGUCGACAAAAAGGAUCGCGAACGAUGGAAAUUGUAUCGACAGGAACAAAAUCGUUUAAAGCGUAAGAAAUUGAAGGAGGCACGAUUGAGACUACAAAUGGCACAAAGUGGAGUCACACUACAAUCCCCAGACAGCGACACCGUGUCCUCAGAUGAACCCAGCGAGAAUAGCGAUCCAAGCCGUGAAAAACGCAUCAGACAGUGA